AUGGUUUUUGUUGUCCGUGCCGUGCCGGACGAUCGGCGCGGCUGGAUCCUGUGUGUUGUCAGCGCGAUAGCAUGUAUCUUCGGUGCCUGCUUCAUCUGCGUUGACGUCUUUGUGCGUCUCCUUCCUGGCCAGAAGGACUUUCGCAUCGAGGACAGCAAUGCGUUUCUGGCCAGCUCUCUGAGCCUCAGUUUUGGCGUCAUGAUAUUUUCGGCCCUCUUCAGCAUGCUGCCAUCCUCCAAGCGCUACCUCAUCGCCGACGGCGUCCCCAAGCAGCGGGCCGGCCUCUUGAUGAUGGCUGCCUUUGUCGUCGGCUUUGUGGGCAUCCAGGUGGUGUCCCGGAUCAUCCACCGGUUCAUGCCUUCGCACGUGGUUGACUGCGACCACUCGCACGAGGACGACGGCGCAGACGAGAACGGGCACGAUCACAGCCACAAGAAAGGCCACAAGAACGGCCACCCGUCGUCCCUUCGGCGAUCCUCUGGCCACACCGGGGCCGACGGUGGCUCUGACAUGACCGAGUCCACACCGCUGCUGUUGGCGGCCAGCAACGGUCACGUGACAUCUUCCUCAGACGAGUUUCCCGCGACGCUCAGUCUGUCACGACAGCACAGCCAGCCGCUGCCGCGGCCGGCGGCGAUCCGACGGCAAUCGAUGAAGGAGGUGGUGCGCGAUCGACUGGUGUCGUUUGUCAAGGACACGAAGACCAACUGCGACGAGUUUGGGCCGUGCUACGGCUAUUCGGAUCCGUGCGGCCAGGAGUGCAAGACACAUCUAGCGACGCGCGUGCCUGCGCCGCUGCGUGAGGUGACGUCGUCUCUGCAUCGGACGCCAUGGAGCCUCUCUUCGGAGAACGUGACGGUGCUGCCAGUGUCGAUCGAGGAGCGAAGCAGCAUCGAGGACGCCGGCAGCUCAUCCGGGAUGGCUGGGCCGGCAGAGCUGUCGACCGGCACAGACACGGCGUCCAUUGCGGGCUCCAAAGACGGAGCCGACGAGAGCAGACAGGAUGCGAGCAGCCAGCAGGCGCCACCCGAUGCGGACACCGAUCUCGAGGCUGCAGCUGCACCGCCGCAUCACCACCACGUGCCGACCAACGCGUUCCUGUCGAUCGGCGUGCAGACAGUGCUCGCGAUCGGGCUGCAUAAGUUUCCCGAAGGCUUCAUCAUGUUUGCGACGAACCACGCGAACCCGGCGCUGGGGCUGAACGUGUUCCUGGCGCUGCUGGUGCACAACGUGGCCGAGGGCUUUGCCAUGGCCCUGCCGCUGUACAUGGCUCUGGGCAGCCGUCUGCGGGCGAUCGCGUGGGCGUCGGCACUGGGCGGCUUGAGCCAGCCGCUGGGUGCCGGCGUGGCCGCCAUCUGGCUGUGGUAUCUCGGUCGGGGCGACAGCGACAAUGACAAAAACAGCCAGGGCACCGCCUACGGACUGCUCUUUGGCGUGACAGCCGGCAUCAUGGUGGCCGUGGCGCUGCAGCUCUUUGUCGAGGGCCUGAUGCUGCACCACAACCGGCAGCUCUGCAUCGGCUUCGGCUUCGUCGGGAUGCUGCUGCUGGGGCUCAGCAACGCGCUGGUGAAGUGA